UACAACCACUACAAAUAGUUUAUUCUCUUCGAAUUCAAAUACGGGUUCUUCGUUAAGUAGUAGUAGUAAUACUCCAAACGCUCCUGGCCCACCGUCCUCAAAGGACAACAGUAAGAGUAAACCUGUAGUACCAAUCAUAAUCCAUUCAUCAUCACAGAUCUCUUCCGCGGCGGCCGCAAAUAAUUCACAGUUAUCGAACCUUCAACACUCUACCUCAUCUAGUGGUAGUAGUAGUGGUGGCAGUGGUAACAGUAAUAGUUCCAGCAGUAGCACCAACAGUUCCAGUUCUAGCGGCAGCAACAGUAGUUCAGCAAACAAUGUGCUAAAGUCGCAACUCCAGUCAACGGCGCCUCCAUCCAGUCUGUUGAACGCCUUGGCGUCAGGAUCGUCUUCAGCGGCUGGUUCGUCCUCUUCUAGCAAUGUGUCGUCUGGCGCAUCUACCAGCAGUUCUCACGUAACAAGUGGUGAUGCAAAUUCGACGAUGCACAAGGACGACAAAAAUAGCACUAGUCCGCCACCGGCCAAACGCCAUAAAUGUGAUCCUAAAGAUAUGGUGGAUGUGUGUGUGGGAACCUCGGUUGGUACCAUAACCGAACCAGACUGCCUCGGACCGUGUGAACCCGGAACUUCCGUUACUUUGGAAGGUAUUGUUUGGCACGAAACCGAAGGAGGAGUUUUAGUUGUUAAUGUUACAUGGCGGGGUAAAACCUACGUCGGUACUCUAAUAGACUGUACAAAACAUGACUGGGCACCACCACGAUUUUGUGAUUCACCAACGGAAGAGUUGGAUUCGCGAACGCCGAAGGGCAGAGCCAAACGCAACCGCGGAUCAGCGCUGUUUCCCAUGAACGACCUUAGCAAUUUCACCGAAACCCGAAGUUCUAUGCAUAGCAAGUUACGGAAUGGUGGAACAAAAGGUCGAGGUGGUCGUACUACAACGACUGCUGAAUCAAGCUCGUCGAAGACGACAACCACCUCAACAACCACUACGGCGAGUUCAUCGACUGUCACAAGCACAAGUGUUAGUUCAAAUACUCCUUCGACGUCUCCGGUCGCCUUUUUGCCGCCACGACCUGAGAAACGCAAAUCAAAAGAUGAGUGUCCCUCCCCGGUGAAUGGUGGCAGUGGAAGUUCGAGUAGUAGCAGUACGAGCGGCAGUGUGAUAAAUACUAGUAAUGUAAAUAAUGCUAAUGCGAGUGGUAUUGUCAAUAACGGCACUCCGGGAACGCAGAGCGUUGUCAACCCUAUGACAGGACUGAAUGUGCAAAUUUCUACCAAGAAAUGCAAGAGCUCUGCAUCGCCAUGUGCGAUAUCUCCAGUGUUGCUGGAAUGUCCGGAACAGGACUGCAGCAAAAAGUAUAAACAUGCGAAUGGUCUCCGGUAUCAUCAAAGUCAUGCCCACGGUAGCGUCUCGUCUAUGGAUGAAGAUUCUUCACAACCACCCGAAUCGCCACAACGGAUAGCACCGCCAACUACGCCGUCACCUUUGCCUACAGUACAACCCACUAUUCUUCCAACUGUAACAGCCUCAACGACGGUCGCAACAGCUACCAGCAGUCCUGCGCCAGCGGCAACCACUCCAACGGGCAGUACACCUCAGGUGGCCGUUUCUGUAGCGGUGACGUUGAACACUAGUCAAAAUACAAUCGCAACAACAACUACUACUACUGCUUGCAACAAUACAACGGUAAAUCCGUCAAACUCCUUACCCUCACCGAGUUUAUUAAUGACGGUGAAUGUAUCGACGACUUCGGCGCCCCUAUCAUCGUCACAUUCGCUGCUUACCACUUCCACGCCUCAGAUUUUGUCGGCCACUUCUCCUGUCACCUCUCAACCAAUUGUCACAACACCUGUUCCUGCUGGUGGUAGCAUUACAACUGGAGUUGCAGGACAACCCCAGUCGCACGCCAUUCCGAGUGGCAAUUCAACACUGCUGAGCUCUGCUUUGAGUGGCAACCAAAAUGGAUCAGUUCCUCCGACAACUCUUUCGUCCCAAUUACAACUCGGCCAAGUUCAACCAUCGUCUUCUGUACAGCAACAACCGCUGUCAGCGCCUCCGCAGGCUAACAAUAACGGAGGUGUUGCAGCAUCUCCCGGCAGAAUAGAUCCCAGUGCAAAAACUAAGCCCGGUGUUUUACGAUUUGGGCCACUUCCUGGAGAAGUUGACCACAACACGAGGCUUACGCCAAUUGCUCAAGGUUCUUCCAACUUGCCGGGGAGUUCGGUUCCAUCCAGUGCACCACCACCUGGCACACCGGUGAGGCCCCCAAAUAUGGGGGUCACGGGUGGAUUGCUUAGCAUGCAACCAGGAACUCCGGGUACACCUGAUGGAUUGAAUAUGAAGUCUCAAAACUGUUCUAAGCAAAAGAAAAAUCGAAAAUCUCCCGGGCCCUCGGAGUUUGAUGUCGCAGCAGCAAAUCGAGCAGAAGAUGUUCAAAGCCCCGCAUAUAGUGACAUCAGCGAUGAUUCUGCACCAGUGGUAGAUGCUACUGAUUUAGAUAAAUCAAAGGGUCCACCUCUACCGGAAGUGGCGAAGAAACCAAAUGAGGGUGUUCAAGGCCAACUUGGUCCACUGUCUGGCUAUGGGAUGUACCCUUACUAUCCGGCCAUGCCUCAUCAGUCUCCCUACUAUUCUUCGGAUCAUCCUGGAAAACCUCCCGGUUUGGGUCAUUCUCCAUUGGGUCCUAAUACUGCUGUAGACUACAAAAGUAAAGAGCCGCCGCUUGAUCUUAUGAAUAAACCAAAUCCCCAUCAGCAACAACCUCCACCUCCACCACAACCGGGUCAACCUCCACAUCAGCAGCAAAUGCCUCCAGGAGAUACCGGACCUCAACAAAACAAAGACUGCCCGAGCGGUCCACCGGCUCACGGAGGGACUGGAAAAUUGAUGCAACAUUUCUAUCCUUAUGGAUAUAUGCCAACGGGCUUCAGCUAUAACCUAGAUCCGAACUACGGUCCAGUAUCGAUGAUGUCCGAAGAAAGCAAGUUGUCUCAGCAGCAGCAGCAACAUCCUCCAGGACAGAUCAAAGAGGAGCGGAUAAAGGAAAGUUCCAGUCCCAACGAAUACGCAAAAAUGGGCCCACAGAUGGUGCCCACAAAGUUGAUCAAAUCAGAGCCAAUCACCGUGAAGGAUAUCAAGACUGAAAGCGGGCAUCCAAUGCACCCGAAGGAUCAACCGCCGCCCGGACAACCACCACAGGGACAGCCGCCGAUCAGUGCCUACAGUGGGAUGUUCCAAAGGCAUGGUCUCAAUGUUGGACCACCGUCGCAACCACCGCCGCCCCCGCAGCACAUGAAUCGAGAGGAAGAUUUGAGACGGUUGUUCAACUAUUCUGAUCAAAGGAGAUCGAGUGCGUCCGGCAAUCCAUCGGCUUCAAACAUGAAUACAAAAGACGAACCUCCAUCGCCCUCUCAACCACCUCCGGGACACCCUAGUCAGGGACACGGUCCGCCCAUGUCGCAGUCUUCGGCAAACGUUUCCCAGUCUGCACAGCCAUCAAAAGGCUCGAAAAGUCAACCCUCAUCCCAGCCACCGCUGAAACAACAAAAGGAUAUCAAAACGGAAGACAAAGAGAUGCUGAAAGUUAAACAAGAGGGUCAGAAACCAACUAUGGAAACGCAAGGACCACCACCGCCACCUACUUCUCAGUACUAUCCGCAUUCACUAUACAUGAGUACAGGCCCAUUUGGGUUCGAUCCGAAUCAUCAAAUGUACCGGAACAUGCUAGUACCAGCGGCGUCCUACAGUGCACCUCCAUAUCACAUACAAAUACCACGGUACGCACCGCCUGAGGACUUGUCACGAAACACUAGUACAAAAGCUCUAGACUUACUACAACACCAUGCCAGUCAAUACUAUAACUCGCAUAAAAUUCACGAGCUUAGAGAGGGCGCUCUGAAAAGUCCUACCAGCAACGUUAAAGUAAGCGUAUCUAGUCCCAAUCUUUCUCAGCAAUCCAGUCAGAAUCCUAACAUGUGCAUUCCUCCAUCAAAUAGUAGCAUCAGUAGCUUACAACAGCAGCAGCAACAACAAGUACCGCCAUCUUCACAUCCACAACAGCCACAGCAACCAGGGGCAUCUCUACAACCCUCUCAAGUCGGAGGUCCCAAUGCUGGUAGUGGGCCUGGUGGAAGUACGGGAGCUGGGGGACCCGAAAUGCAAAAGGACCCUGGCGGUCCGAAUGUGCUGGGUCCGGGACCGGCUACUGUAGUAGGAGCACCUCCGCCGCCUCAGCCAGGACAGCCGCCGAGUCGGAGUCCUCCGCCGCAACGGCAUGUGCACACACAUCACCACACGCACGUCGGCCUUGGCUACCCAAUGUUCCAGAGUCCUUACGGAGUACUAAGCCAACAAGCAGCAGCAGCAGCUGUCACUGUGAUAAGUCCAUUCCAGACUGGACCGCCAACCAAGUAAGAUUCGGGAGCAGGAAGUGGAAAUUGCAUCGGUUAUUACUCGUAUGAACCGCGAUCCUAGACCUGAUCAUAAAAGGUGUCACCGAACACACAUGAUAGAGACAAGACAGGAGACGAAUGACACGAGUUCGCCACUAGGGGCCGAAGAAGCAGAAACAGCAGCAGUAAACAUGAAACAGUAGAAGCGAAAGUGUGAUAGUAAUACUUUAUUUUCACCUGAUCAAUCAUUAUGUGUUGACGGGUAAGCCAGCUUCUUUGAAAUGGCGUGAAAACACGGACUAGACCAUAUGAGAACAAAUAGAAAGGAAUAAAAGUGAGUUUUUUAUUUGUGUACUACGGAAGAGGUUUUAACAGGAGAAGGAAUAUUCUAUUGGAAAGGACUUAAUAUUAAAAGUGUAGCUUUAGUAUUGUUAGGAUAAGCGUAGGGAUAGUUUAGAGGAAAAAGUAUCUAUUUUUGUACAAAAAAUAAAAAUAAGCAAAAAAUACAAUACAAUUUUACUAGUAGCGCAACGUCGUCAUGGUGAAUGAACAAACAUUAGGUAAUUUUGAUUACUAGUUGUUAGUUUGUAGUGUGUAUGCUGGAAAUGUAAAUAUGGCGAAUGUAUUGCGUUUUGGAGAAGAAAAAAAGUACGAUCGUGUCACUGUGAAAACAAUCGACAGCAGCAGAAUCAUUUCAUCAAUCCAUUGUGUGAUUAGAUAGAUGGUCUACGAGUCGUACAAAAUACCAGAUCUUGUUUGUAUCUGUUACAUAAAAAAAUCGCUGGAUGUUGGCCAGUUUUAUCUGCUGUUACUGCAGCUUCAAAGACGUUUUGUUUCGUCGAAAGCAGCUGAUGCUUUUUGCAGAUUAUGUGUAAAAUGCGCAUUAACUUAUUUGAAUGACUGUUAACAAUGUCAAAUUAAAUGCCGUGAUAUAUGCAGUCCUUCAAACACUGAAAGUGCAUUUCACUCAUCUGGAAUAAACGAUUCGCCCCGUAAAAAAACUACGAAAAACACUUAUUUUGCCAAUUAGGUACCGUGACCGGCCCUAAUUCGGCGCACUUUCUCGCAUAUACCACAAAAUCACGGACGCUAGUUCAAUAUUAGCUUCAAAUAUAUUUUUUGAAUAUUGUUUCAAUAGUAAUGAAAAUUUUUCAGAAAAAGUUUUUGAAGAAUUUUUUUUUUCAAAUCAACGAUCAUUAUUUUGUAAAAACAAAAUAAAAUGAUGUUGCAAGUACUGUAAAUUGCCUGAAAUCUGUGUCCGUUAGCGAAACUGCUAAAAAGUUGCUUCAUGAGCUGAAGCAUUUUGCGACAUAAAUAAUGAAGAGAAUGUCUGCUUUUCCAUGCGCAUCCUGUACUGCUGUCUUCGAGGAAUCAGAAUCGGCAAAAAACAAUUGAGUUUUCUUCUUCUUUUUUUUUUAAUUUUCUUGUUCUUCUUAGGUGCGCAGAAUUAGGAACCGAUAUUAAAUGGUGGUCCUUAUUCUGCGCAGAUUACAAUUGAAUUUCAUGUAUGAAUCAUGUUCUCAUUACAAUAUGUUAUGUUUUUAGUGUUUUCUCAUGUGCGCAGAAUUAGGAACAUUAGGGACUGUUCAUAAACCACGUAGACCAAGUUUUGGUCAUCUCAGACCCCCCUCCCCCCUGUAUACUUUCGUCCAUACAAAAAUUUUAAAAUUUGUAUGGACCGUAGACUUUGGCCAGAACAACCAGCCCCCCUCCUAUCAAAAAGUCUACGUGGUUUAUGAACGGACAGUGCGCAGAAUAAGGAGCAUUCCAAAAAAGGGUGCGCAGAAUUAGGAACAGAGACACAGCAUUUUUCAAUCAGCAAUCAAAUGUAUCAAUAUUCGAUGGUUGUUUAUGGUGAUUUUAUUGGAUUUUUUUGUCAGGGUUGAUCUGUCCAAAACAAAGGAAAAACUUCGAGUAUGUCAUCUUCAAAUAAACUGAGAAGCAAACUCGGUCGCAUUACGAAUGUUACGGCAAGAGAAACAUUAAAUGAAGCAUUUCAAAUUAUAUUAUUACGGUAAUAUUUAUUUGCAAAAAUAACGUCGAAGUUGAAUCAAUCCAACUGCUGUGCGAUUGUAAGUUCUUUACUUGGGAUAGCGCCAUUCGGCUAGUGAUCGAUAGACAUGACGCAAAGAAUAGCUAAUUCGAAAAAAAGAGAACAUGAUUGUUGAUAUGCCACAUGGAUAUUAUAUAAAACGACGUUAUCGUCGUCUAAUCGGAGUUAUGCUAAAUGGGAAACUUUCAUACGGAUUCUAUGUGAUGAGAAAACAAUGCUCUGGUAUUUGUACGCUUUGGAUCAGUAUAUUGUCAUACGGUGUUUUCCAAAGUGAGAACCUAAUCAAAUACCCUUCGUUUGGAAGGAUACAAUGUAAACACAACAUCAAUAUAUGAUAUGUAAAUAUACUAGCUUAAACAAACCUAUUAUUUAGUCUACUCCUUCUUGAAUGUUCCAGUUUCCAGCGCUCUAAUCAGUUGCGCUAACCUUACCGAAUUUUAUUUGCAUGUACUUCUCUUUUAUGGCUUUAUGAUUUCCGGUUACUCGGCCCUAAAUUCCAUUGUAAACUAUCAAGGCAAAUCGUCUUCAAAAGGUGGUAAGUUUUACAGCCAUUAAGUUUUUGUAGAACGCAACAACAACAACUGCUAGGAAACAUUCAAAAAGUUUACAUGACUGAUAUUUACCGAUGGUAGUAAGUGGUGCAUUGCUCUGAACGAAGAAGCUUUCUGAACAAAACGCCGUCGAUCUUUUACAAUAUAGUAAAAAACAAUGCGAUGGAAUGUAAGCAGCGGUCUCAAAACAAUAGAUAUAUGUUGCUGUAAAUAUAGGUACACAGAAUGAACCAGCUUACCUACGCGCUGAUUGCAAGGGUAAUUGUUAUCAUAAUCACUACAAAAUGAACUCUGAAUGCGUGUCGGUGAAAGAGCUUCACUGUAAAUAUUUUCUCCUAGGAACACUUAUAGAUGUCGUCGUGUUUUAGCCGAAAUCACAAGACGAAGAGGAUCAGGAAUGUAAUCUUCGCGCGUUACUGUCAGCCGAUCGGUUUGGGCUAAAUUAUUUACGAAGUGCAUAAUGAUUACGACUUAUCAGAAAACUUAAGGAAAACAAGGAUAGAAAUGGCAGAAGGAAAGCAAAAAAAAAACGAAUUGCAAACCAAGCUUUAGAUGUGGAACUACUAAUAAACAGUGAGGUAAAGUUUGAAUUACCGGAAUUUAAAGAUUGGACAUUGUUGUUGAGCAUACCGUUGAGGGUAUUCUUAAAAAAAUCUUCCUUUAAUAAACGGUCGUGUCGGUUUAAUGGGCCGAUAUCAACUAAAAUAGAAACCAGUAACAGUGCUUUCUGAAAAAUAAUGAAGCAUCUCUUCUCAAGUCUGGUACGCGGCUAAAUGUGUUUGGGACAGUAAAAUUAACUGCAGAGAUUAACUACCGUAAAAUACAUGUAUAAAAAAUAAAGUAAAGCAAAAUCUAUAAUUACAAUUAAUGCUAUUAUUAUAUAUAGAAAUACAUUCCUUGUAUUAAAGCAUAAACAUUGGUGAAAAAAUAUAAAAUAAACAAUUCUAAAAAUAA